GACUUCUUGGUAUUUGGUUGGGAAAAGACGCACGUGGGUUCCACUAAGUUGCCAGGUGACAAAUCGUGGCUCGGAAAAAAUCCCCUCGUUAAAUUGAUUAUCGCAUCGGACACGUGUGUCAGCGGUAUCUUGGCCUCGUUCCCUUCAUAUUUCACGACUAGAAUCAGUUACGUGGCUUUGUUGUGAGAAGUUCUUCCUCUUGCAGUUAAAUUUGCUUCAUAUUAAACUGAAAUACUGCAUACGCAUUACCGGAAAACAGAAAGAAAUUUGCACUUUAGUGCCUAUUCGACAUCGUUGCAUCGUUAUUUGCUGAGAAUAUUAAGAAUUUUGUUGAAGAGUGCUAGCCUACGUGGUAACGGAGUACAGUUAUCGGGCCUAAGCUUUCUUCUUCGUCACUGUUACAAAAAUAUAAUCAGUCGUUUUAGCGCUAUCUGUGGACAAGAACUGGAAAUGAUCGAUGGAAAAUAGAUACUUAACUUUAAACCUUCAAAGAUCUUACUGAAUCUUGUUUCAGUAUGGAAGCUCCUGGUAAUUAUGAGCCAAGACCUCCAAAACCACCAUCAACUGGUCAACCGGGUCCUCCUCCAAUGGUUGCAGCUCAGGGUCCAGGAUCUCAAGCCAGAAAUCCUUUUGGUAUGCAAGGAAAGGGACACAACCCGUACUCCAAAAUUAAUUCUUUUGGACCACCAAAUCCAAUGCAAAAUGUCAGAAUGCCGCAUGGACCACCUUUUCCACCUACGCCACAUUCAAUGUUUAACCCAUCUCCUAUUGUUUCUCCCACUUAUUCAUCAGCUGAUGCUGCUAAUGGUCCUUAUCUGGCUGGAGCUCCUCCUUCCUCAGGAGUUAUGUUGCCAAAUAUGAAAACACAACAGCCUGCUGAAAGGAUGCCGAUGUCAGGUGACCAAAUUUCCAGGAAUUUUAUGCCACAGGGUGCUGGAAGCCUUAGCUGGCCAGGAUCACCUGAUGAAGGACAAUCUUCUAGUUAUGCUCAUGCAAGUCUACCCCCAAGUUUAAGUCAGAGAGAAAUGAAGCCAUUUGAACCUCAGUAUGAUAAGCAAUUGGGCACAGCACACAAUAAUCAAAAUAGGAAUUAUAACAAUACAGCUAUAGAAAAUAUCAGCUCUGCCUUUAAUUACCUCAGUUUGGAUUCCCCCCAAGGCGUAAGCUUACAUCAAAGAGAUAGUCUGGCUGCUCAGCAACGUACUGAUGAUUAUGAGGAUGAAGAUACUGAUGAAUCAGAUGAGACAUCAUCUGACAAUGAAUCUGAUGAUGGUAUUGAUAGUGAUGAUGAUUUGUUGUCAAGCCCUGAUGAAACCCAGUCAAACCAGCAAUCUAUUUUUAGGGGACCAAAAGGUGUCUUAGCACCUCAAUUGCAACAGAAAACUCUGCUGCAAAAAGCUAAUGAUAAGGCAAUAACUGAUUCUUUUGGCGAUGGUCAGCAGUCCAAUGCAAAAGCAGCAUCAGAUAAUCCAAAAGGAGCAAUCAAUUCUGUGACCUCAAAUGUGUCUCACCAGCAGAUGAGCUUUCUGCCCCCUGCUUCUCAAGGAGAUGUGUGUGAUAGCUUCACGAGCAACGAACCAUUUAAUUUAUUUGCAAAGAAAGAAGCUGAUCCCAUCCAUGUGCAGUCUGCAGAGGCAGGACAAUAUUAUACAAACUAUUCAGCUCAGCAACAAGGCUUAGUAAAAGGCUUUGAAAAACAGCAGCUGGGAGACCAGGAUCAUCCAUCAGCUUUUGCAGCUGUCAAGCCCAGUAAAGUUACUGAGCAAGCUAGUCAUUCAAAUUUUAGUGCAGAUAGUCUUGAAAAAUCAGGUUUUGGUGCCGAGGAAGCUAAAACAGUUAGUACAAGAGCUGAUGUCAGUGCUAUGUUGAAUUCUUCAAUCCCUCAAGCAAACCCUCUGUUUAAUUCAUCAGCAACAAGUAGCUCGAACCUUCUUAAUGAUCCCCAUAGAUAUACUGAGGACGAACCUUCCCUGAUAUUAGACCCAAGAUCCCACGAGAUGGGAAGUACUUCUAAUGAGUUAGAUAGAUCUCAGAGCAUACCUCAGCAGCACCAUGUUCGUAAAGAUUACCCAAAAAGUAAAGAGAAUUUUCCAUCUCGUGGGUCCUAUAGCUCAUUAUCACCUUCCCGCGAAAGACACCCCUUUGAUGUUGAUGAACGGUCGAAAGAGGUCGAUGAUCGCUCUUCAUCUGACUUAUCUAGUGGAGGCUCGUCGAAAAGUGUCAUUGAUAGGACCAAAAUGGCAGCUGCAGGGGGUGAUUUACCUCAAGUGUUUGGAGCAAAAGACAAUAUACAUGGCAUUGAAUUUAACCCUCAGAGCGAGUCUUCUCCUGCUCACAGCGCAAAGAAGUUCUCAGAUGUAUCGAAAAAAGAUGAUUCUGGCAUGGCAGCGCAUUCAUUUGAGCAUGGUUUACAAUCAAGCAGUUUCGAUAAUCAAAAUGUUGAUUCACCUCAAAAUAUUCAAGACAUUAAUCCUUUAAACAAGCAAGCUGUUUCUGAUAAAUAUCCUUCCAGCUCUAAAGCAAUGUUUCCCGGACAAUAUGACUUUUUGUCUCAGUCAAGUUCUUCACAGUCAAUGCAGUUUACACCUUCUUCAUCAACGAGUCAAGUUUACCCUUUUCAAACGCAUCCAACUCUAUCAAGCUCUGGUAACCAGGGGUAUUCUGAAACCUUGCCACAGUAUAACACAGCAGAUUUCCAGCCAUCCACAGUUUCUGCAAGUAACUCAGCUUCUGAAAAUCGAUAUAAAACAGAUGUUGCCCCGGCAAGGAAUGAUUUUGGAAUUAGACUUAUUUCAUCGCAAAGGAAUGUAACUAAUGAUAGGUCUCCAAAUGAUGCCGAUAUAUUGAAGAAAUUUAGUGAUGACAAAAAUCCAUCAAGUGUUAGCCAAAAUACACAUAAUUAUGUUCCUGGUCAAGAAGAAGAACAUGUUAACAAAACCCUUCAUAAUGAAGUUGCAUUUGCCGGAAAUCAACCAAUUAUUGGUCAUGAAAAACAGAUAAUUGACUCUCACCAGGGAAGCUUUUCCCAGCCCGGCUACAGUAGUCAGCAAAAUGUUUUAAACCCAGGGAAUCAGCCAGCGCCACACAGACAGUUCUCAUCUCAAGCGGAACAGGUGCCAUCAGGGACUGAAGAAUCAUUUCGUAAUGUUUUGCCCCAUAGUCGUCCUACCCAAAAAGACAAUUUGCCAAAUUUUUCGCAAGAGACGAACCAAAUAAGCCUUCAACCACAACAUGUACCUACUCAGCAAGCGCGAACUCCAGAAUCCUUUGAAAAUCAACCAGUUCAAAUGGAGCAGUUACAUAAUAAGCAGUUACAGGGUAUUAUGCAUGAUUCUGAAUCGAAAUCAUCCCCACAUGUAUUGCAACAGAAUUCUUUUCCACAGGACACAAGCAGCUAUAAAGAAGAACCACAGCACCGGUAUCCUGAUCCCAAGAAUCAACAAUUUUCACAGCAACCGCAGUUGCAGCGUCAACUCCAAAACCAACAUGUCUUAGACGAAAAACAAGAUCUGAACCAGAGUCAGCAAUUACAUCCACAACCCCAAAACGCACAUCUGUCACACCGAGAGCAAAACAUGCAACAAGAGCAACAUCUUUCCCAACCCUUGGCUGCACAGCAGCAAGAUUUGCAGCGGACACAACAUCAGCAGCAUAUUCAGCAACAGCAGAGACAACUUUCACAACUGCAACAACCACAAGUAUCUCAGCAGCAACAGCAACAGCAGCAACCCCAGUUACUUCAGCAGCAGCAGCCACAAUCGUUCCAGGAACAGCAGCAUGAACAAUUUUCACAACUGCAACAACCACAAGUAUCUCAGCAGAAACAGCAGCAACCCCAGUUACUUCAGCAGCAGCAGCAGCCACAAUCGUUCCAUGAACAGCAGCAUGAACAAUUUUCACGACAGCAACCACCACAGGUAUCUCAGCAACAGGAGCAACCCCAACGAUUUCAGAAGCAGCAACCACAAUCAUUACAGGAACAGCAACGGGAACAAUUUUCACAACAGCAACAUCCACAAGUAUCCCAGCAACAGCAGCAGCAUCAACCCCAGCUAUUCCAGCAGCAACAAGCACAAUCACUUCUUGAGCAACAACAACCCCAGGUAUCCCAGCAACAACAGUUCCCACACACACAGCAAAAUCAGUUUAACCAGUUGCCACAACAGCAGUUAGCCCAACAGCAACAGCAGCAACCGCAGCAACCGCAACAACAACAGCAGUUUCCCAUGCAGUCAAAUCAGCAGCCUUUGUCUUACCAACAGCAGCAUCAGCCCUUUCCACAGCAACAGCAACAAUUUAAUCAGCAACAACAACCAUUUAGCCAACACCAGCAGCUACCAUACGGACAGCAACAACAACCACAAUUUAGCCAAUCACAACAGUUUGGCCAACAGCAGUACGGUUCUCAGUACUAUAGCCAUCAGCAAGGCCAGCAAGAGCCAAAUGUGGAUCAGAGGUUUGCGAACAUGUCUCCUGCGGCACCAAUGCAACCCCCCUAUUCAGGGUAUCAAGACCCAAACCAGAUGCAAGGAUGGAACUCUCAGUAUGGAAAUUACAUGCAGAACUACAACUUGGACUAUUAUAAUUGGUAUUUUAGUAACAUGGCAAAUUGGGGAUAUCCUGGAUAUGGCUACCCUGGCUAUCCAGGUAUGAACUGGGACACUAGGUCGCAGCACAGUGACCAAUUGUCCUACCGGAGCUCAACCAAUUCUGAAGUCGAUGUUGACAGCAGACCUUCAUCAGUUAUUGACAAUAAACCUUUAGAUGAUUACGAAAUCGAGACACUUGCAAUGGGCAAAAAAGAGAUUUCAACGUUUGAAAAAACAACACCAGAACCAGUCGAACGUCUCACCCCUUUGCAUUUCUUCAAACCACAUGUAACUGCAAAAUUGACAAAUGCUGGUUCCUGCAUCAUUACCAACCCAAACGACCCAAUUGAAGGCCAAGUACCAUCAUUACUCUGUAUACCCUCAAAGAAUCUUUAUUCCAUAACAGACUACCUAGAGUUUCCAGGUCCUUUAAUCAGGGAGGAUUCCAGUAAGAAGAAAGUGAUCAUGUUUGCAAAAAAGAGAGCCAAACAUUGGUUGUCUAGCACAGAAAUGAAGAAAGAUUACUGCGAUUCAAUGGCACUGUUGUGGGAGUAUAUGGCAAUGUUGGUGAAACACAACGGGGUUUUUGAUGGUCCAGAUGUUGCAGAAAUGUUGAUGCAGCACAAAGCAAGCAUUGGAAGCCAGCAAGAAGAAGAUAUGCUUGGCCUUCAUGCAUCAGAAGAAACGACAAAAAUAUCAAAGAAAGCGGCUUUGCAACAAUACAGAGAGUACUUAAUACAAGGCUCUAGAAAGGAGGCACUUGACUUUGCAAUGAACCAUGAUUUAUGGGGACAUGCUUUGACAUUGUCGUACAAAAUGGAUCAUAAACUCCACCAUGUUGUGAUGAGCAGAUUGAUCGCAUCUUUAGAAGAUGACGACUCCUUGGUAUCACUGUAUGGCCACCUUGGUGGACGAGGUCUCCCACUCCAAUCAUGUCAUGCUGUUAAAAAUGGAACGGCUGACUGGAGAGAACACUUGGCCAUGCUAAUUGCCAAUCCAACCAAAAAUAAAGACAGAGACAAGAAAGAUAUUUUAUCCCUUGGUGAUGCACUGAGAGUUCAAGGAAAUAUCGGUGGAGCGCAUCUUUGUUACAUUCUAUCAAAUGUGCGGAUAUCACCACUAACAGAGGAUGCCACGCGAAUUUGUCUUCUUGGUGAGGACCACAGCAAUCUCGAAAAUAUAUCAAGGCCAGAUCUCUGGGCGAAGAAUGAGUGUUUACAACUUACUGAGAUGUACGAAUAUGCUCUGUGGCUUAGAUCAAAAGACUUCUACAUCCCUUCGUUACAGAGCAUGAAAUUGAUAUACAUCAAUAGGUUAUCAGAAGCGGGGAUGUUGGCAGAGGCUCACAGUUAUUGUGAAUCGAUAGCUCAUAUACUUUUGGAGAAUUCUUUGAGUUUUUAUCAUGAGCAAAGUUUCAUCACAUUGUUUGCCAAGGCAUUUGAAAGACUUCAGUACCAAUCCAUGGAAUCAUAUGAUGAUCCAAUUUCAGAAUUGUAUCUAAAGAUAGCUGAACUUCGAGAUCGCGAUCGUAGCAAUGACGCGGCAUACGAGGCUGCAGCUGCGAAGGCAAACUUGGUACCAAGGCCUAUAUCUCCCCCUGAAACACCAGACAGCAUGUCGAGGGAAACACCUUCACAAGCCUCUCAAGACUAUAACGAGCAAAGCAAGGACUCAGCAGAAUUGCCAACGGGACUUAAUCAGCAGCAAGUAAAUCCCCAAGCUGAAAAUCAACCUCAACCAGACCAAAACGAAGAUAAUGAUCCUCUCAACAAAGGAGGUGAUGCUUCGCAUUGGCAAAACGAAAGUGCUUCGCAGUGGCCCAGUGAAGAAGUUACUGGUAGUAACGCACAGUUCUGGCAACCGGACCAAGCUGAUGGGACAUUUUAUAACCAGAGUCAAGUUAACUACGAAGAGUACAACGAGCAGUAUCCGUCACAGACUGAAGCAGGCAAUGCAGCAGAUCAGAGCAAUGCCCAGUGGAGCGGAGAUGGUUAUCAACAACAAGGUUAUGAUGGUCAGUACCAACCGGAUGAGACCCAGAUGCAACAGCCUGUUGGCACUGAUCAACAAUACCAGGGUAACCAGUUUGCUGGUAACGCUGAAGGCCAACAGUUUGGCCAGUUCUUCAACCCAGGGCAGUAUCAACAGCAAGGUUACAUGCCGCAGCCGGAUGGGUUCGGUUCAGGCUAUCCGUAUCAAAUGGACCCAACUGCCCAGCCUACUUUUGAACCAAACAUCAACACAGCAAAUACAGAUCCUAAUCAUGCUGAGGAGGCGGAAGAAGAAGAAAGUCUUUUUAACGAAAUUGCAAAGAAAAAUGCAAGGAUAGAAAAAAAGGAAGGGGCUGUGGAUAAGGAGAACAAAGAUGAAAAGAAAGAAGUGAAAAAGCCAGCUGAGAAGCGUGGAUGGUUGCCAUCUUUUUUGGGGCGCCUGACUGGUGGAAGAAAAGAAGCAGACUUGCCGGAUGACACUGAUAAAUCGAUAUAUUUCGACGAAAAGAAAGGAAAGUGGGUGGACAAGAACGCAACGGACGAGAGUGUCGCCCCACCGCCGCCACCUCCAACAGACUCACAGAUCACAGCCCCUGCUUUGAAGCCAAAAUUGCCUCCAAGCAAUUUCGAGAGCUUGCCAGCAUCUAACACGUUCCCCUCUCCUGUUAUGAACAGAAGACCAAAUGCAUCCGACUCAAAUCUCGUCGCAGGCAGCAAGGAAGAUGAGCCAAAAAUGCCAACGGCACCAAGCAAGUUUUCAAGAACUGCUCAUGGGAUGAAUAGACGAGGCCAUCGAUACGUGAAUUCCUUUGGCAGCAUCAAUAAAUCGGAUUCUACUGACAGCCCACCAGUGCCAGCAAUGUUCAACCCUAUUGGAAUGCCGCAACAGGCUCCCGUCAACUUCUUUGUUCCGCAGAACCCCGAUGAAACCCAAGAUAGUGACGUUAAUGGUUCAAGUACACAGGGGAAUGAAAUUGCUCAAAAUUCCUUCUCUCAACAACAGCAACAACAACAACCACAACAACAACAACAGCAACAACAGCAACCAAAUCAGUAUUUCCAGCAUCAACCAAACCAGGCUAAUCAACAACAGCAACCUAUGGAGCAGGCAGCGCAGCAGCAAUCAUCACAGCAGCCUCCUCAGCAACCAGCAUUUUUUAAUCCUGCGAACAUGCCACAGACUAGAACAAUGAAUCAACGCAGUAGAUUUCGAAGGUGAAAUUAGAUUUCGAUGCUAAUUAAUUGUGCGCCAUUAGAGAAAAACCAAGUAUUGUAAAAAAGGUUAUAAAAUAUACUUGGGCGAGGCACAAACAAUUCAGAAAUUAAUUGCCCUUUGACCUGAUAUAAUUUUAGUGCUUCUUAAAACGCGUAACAGUCCUUAUGCGAAUCAAAUAUUUUGUUGCAAGUUAAAAUUUACCGCUUAAAUAAUCUUGACCUAAUGUGCUGAAUUUCACAAAUGAUUUUUAUUAUCAUAUUUUGAGACCUAAGAUUACAGGUUUUCUCAUUCCCCUAAUUUAAGUAGCUCAAAGCUACACAUUUUUGUGGCAAUAUCAAGAAUCAAUGCAUUUGCUUAAGUGAAUUUGCUAGGAUUUAUCGUAGGUCCAUUGUUUCAUAGUCCAGCGUUUCGUUGUAUCGUCCCUUGAAAUGAAUUUUUCUAGUGAUUAUAAAAAAUAAAUGCUUAUUGUAAGAUGUUAACAAAGAUAAGAUUUAAUUAAAUUUCAGAACUCUAGGAGCACAGUUUGCCUAUGUGUGAAAUAUGUAUCAUCGAUAAUAAAAUACAGUAAAACGGUAUAAAGCUGUGCUGGACAAAUAUUAUAUAGAUUGAUUUAUUGAACUUAAA